GACGCGCACGCUCGUCGCAUUUAUGGCCCGCACGCACAGUACACACAUAAUAUUCAAGUCAAACGCGAUUUGAGGAAAGUACAGCUACAGAAUACAUCUUCCUAAAACGAGAUAACUGCUAAUUGGAGAGAUCAAGAGGAAGCAACUACCAACUGUGAUAAUAUACCAUGUAGAACAACCAUUGUGCAAUUUUUGUCAUCACUAAAUCUUCUAAGUUCUAAGUUAAGAAAAGCUUCAGGCAAUUUCUUCUGAAAUAAGUAAAAUAUUAAAGGAAACGAUGGCUGUAAAUCUGAGGUGGAACAGGACACAUAAUUUGUGUUUAUCUGUAAUAUAUAUAUUAGCCACACUACAACUAACACUCGGCCUCGCUUUGCCUCGAAUCAAUGUGCCUUCCAAUGCCUUGCCAGGAUUUAAAGUGACUGAAGUAAAGAAAAGUGGGCAGUUUUCAGAACUUCUUUCAGACUCGGAUGUUCACAAUCUGUUCCAGAUAGCUGAAAAUGGUGCUUUGGAAAUCAAGAACUCCCUCGAGCACCUGGCCAACAGUGACAUUGCUCUCAAAGUGAGACACACACUUCGAGGUCAGUCAUGGGACGAUCUCUUAAAUUUACAUGUCGAGGACUCUUCUCUUGAAUUUUCAAAAAAGUCGUACAGAGGAUACGUCUUUGAGAGCCACGAAGCAAGCCAGGAAGUAAUGGGUCUGGAUGAUCUCCAGAUAGCUUCAACAAAGCCUGUAUCAUACCAGCUGGCUGGAGAGGACAGUGCUAAUUUCAGGCUUCAAGUCAAUCCUGAAGGCAGAGUUCAGAUCUUCACCACUGUUCCUGUGGAUAGUGAGACAACCUCACAAUUUCAUAUGGAAAUUAAAGCUUCAGCUCAAGAUCUCCAUGGGAACCCACCCCUCAUGUCUCUUCCUGCAGAGGUAACCAUCAUCGUUCGUCCAUUGCCCGACAAUUUUCGUCCGUUCGAGGAUGAUAUAAUGUAUCCUCCCAAUGAACCUGUGAAGAUGGUCCGUGUCCGGCGAGACGUCCUUCCUGGAGAGUCUGUCAAUCUUACAGAGUCGACAGCAAUGGACACUGUUGUCCACACGAUCACAGAAACAGGUGCUGAUCUGCGCUACGCCAUGGGGACUCCCGUCAACGACAAGUUCUCCAUUGAUGAGAUGUCUGGAGAUGUAACACUUUUACAAAGUGUGGAUUAUGAAGCCUAUAGUACCAAUCCCCAGGAAAUACUAAAUGUGCAGAUCACAAAUACUUCUGAUCCUGAUGCACUUGACACAUUGGUGGUGACCUUUGACAUCCUGGAUGCCGAUGACCUCCCGGUCUGGACCAUGCCGGUGUACCCCUACAUCGCUGUGGUGCCUACGGAUGCCCCCAAUCAGGCCUGCAUCUACACCCUCGAAGCCUCUGACCAAGACUUGGGAAGCGACAUCACUUACUCUUUGAGGGCAGGUGGAGAUGGCGCUUUCACUGUGGGCGAAACAGAUGGCUGCGUUUACACGGCCAUCGUAAGCGGGUUUCCGGGCUACGUGCAGGAUCUAGAGUACAUCCUCAGCGUGAUGGCGACGGGUACGAGCGGUAGUUUUGAUGGAGGGGUAACCGGGACCGUCCGCGUCUACGGCGGCUCGUACCCACCUCAGUUCAGCCAAGAAGAAUACAGUGCUUCGGUGCUGGAGGACCAGGCUAAUCAGGCGGUCAUCCAAGUCACAGCAUCAUCCUUCUCACGCAACGUUCCAUUGACCUACUCCAUCGUCGGCCCAGAAAACAGACCCCUCCACACCAUCAACCCCAACGACGGUACCAUCACUCUCGUAGACGCCAUCUUAGCAGAGGAUCUGCUAUCCUACUUCUUGACAGUGAGGGCCACGGAACAGGUGGUUGAUGGACUCUCGUCUGAAGUUAGGGUCAAUGUGAUGGUUGAAGAUGUUAACAACUGUGUUCCUACUUUUGGACAAGACAUUUUGAGUUUCAAUGACGUUCUCGAAACAACCGCUAUUGGAGAGCCCGUUGGUACAGUUACGGCUACCGACUGCGACGUGGGGCCGAAUGCGGAGUUAACCUACUCCAUCACCACCCCCAGCAGCGGCUUCACGAUUGGCAGUGACACCGGGGUGCUCUCCCCCGCCGUCGUCUUGGACUAUGAGGAAGGGGAGCGCUUCUACACCUUUGCCAUCUCCGCCACCGAUGGGGGAACUCCCCAGCUGAGCAGCACCGCCACCGUGGUCAUCUCCAUCGCCAACGAUGAGGAGGCUCCCUACUUCACGCCACCCUCAUACAGGUUCAGAAUGGACGAAGUUGCACAGGUCAACUAUGAAGUGGGAACGGUGUAUGCAAGCGACGACGAUGUAAACGACGUGCUGACCCUUUCCAUCGAUGGUGGAGAUGGCACAUUCAGGAUCGACCAAUUUGGAGUUAUCUCUGUGGCCAGAGCAGCGGUCGAAUCUAGCUAUAUGUUUGCUGUCGUGGCUACAGACAUGGCGAACAACGAAGCCAAUGCAACCGUUGAAAUCUCUGUCACCGAUCUCAACGACAACAUUCCAAUAUUUCCAGAGUGUGAUAAUUACAGAGGAGAAGUGUCUGAAGAUGCAACCAUUGACACGGACGUCAUAACAGUGACGGCGACAGACUCUGACCAGGGAUCCAACGCCGAGAUUAGUUACAAGCUCUCGUCUAACAGUGAUGCAAGCCGGUUCUUCCGGGUUGACCAGAACGGCCUCAUCACCACCAAUACCUUGCUGGAUCGUGAGACCACUGCAGUCUUUGAGGUGACGGUUGAAGCAGAGGAUGAUGGGAACCCCGCUCUGACAGGGUUCUGUACGUUCACCGUCGAAGUGACGGAUGUGAACGACAACUUCCCUGCAUUUCCUUUCACGGGAUAUCAAACUUCAAUAUCAACCAGUGCAGCACCUUUGGAUGUAGUAAUAGAGGUGCAAGCCGAUGAUCUGGAUUUAGAUUCAGAUUUGACAUACUCUCUUAGCGCAGCAGAUGGUGGUGAAUGCAAUACUGGAUAUUUUAUUAUUGAGCCCGCUACAGGACGCAUCAUUGUUAGACAAGACCUUUCUCCACUAAUAGGCACCGAUGGAAACAUAAAUGAACAAGAUUGCAUAGUGACGGCAGAGGAUGUUGGUCGCCAAGCUACCGAUGUUCCCGUACAAAUUGAUGUUAGAAGCAGCGAUGACACCAGCUACCAAGUCCCUACGUUUUCUGGUACACCCUAUCAAGUCACCAUCAGGGAAGACUCAAUGUCGCAGGAAGUCUUACUGGUGUCUGUUACGGGAACUGCCCAAGUUGGAUUCAAUAUCAUUCGUGGGUCGCGUCCAUCCACCAACUUCAAUCGUAAUUUUGGCUUGAGUAACGAUGAUAAUCAGUUCACAUCAAGUUACAUUACCGUGUUGGAGGCUCUUGACUUUGAAUCUGUUGAGCGGUACGAUUUGAUAGUAACAGCUAGGUACCCAAACUCGCCCUACACCGUGGAGACCAACGUAAUCAUCACGAUCCUGGACGUCAACGACGAGACACCCAUCUUCCCUGCAUUCACAUUCUAUGGAAACAUUGCAGAAAACCAACCACUACCCAAUAAUGAUCCUGUCAUUACAUUAGAGGCCACAGAUUCAGAUGUAACUCCAGGGUUCAGCCAGAUUGUGUACAGUAUUGACGGCGAUCAGACGGACUUCAGGAUAGAUGAAAACUCGGGAGAGAUAUUCGCUAUAACUGAAUUCGAUCGGGAAGCUGUGGCCGAAGAUACCAUUCCACUCACAGUCAUAGCAUCGGAUGGUAUCAAUGAGAGUAGGGCUACUGUCUUCAUUACCAUCGUGGAUGAGAAUGAUAACCAGCCUGAGUUCAAUGGCACCUUCAGCUUCGAUGUUUCCGAAGAUGUAGAGAUGGGUUAUGAGAUCGGCAUGGUCACAGCCACAGAUGCAGACAUCUCCGAGGACUUGGAGUACUUCAUCAGUGGAGGCAACGUUGGCGGAGCCUUCACCGUGGUUGCCAACUCCGGUGUCAUCCGCAAGGCGGGCGUCCUGGACUACGAGUCGCAGACAUCGUACUCGUUGGACUACAGCGUCAAUGAUGGCUUUAAUACCGAGACCACCACUGUUGUUGUCAAUGUCAUCAACGUCAAUGAUGUAGCGCCGCAGUUCGGGGAGUCUUCCUACUCGGCCACUGUGCUCGAGGAGGACGAUUCCGAUAUUCCUAGAGUCCUUUUGACGGUCGCUGCCACUGAUGGAGAUGCAGAUGCGGUUGCUGAUGCGGUGGUCUACGAUUUGCUCGGAACCGGAGCCGGCACCCUCUUCACCAUCGACCCCCAGACCGGCAACAUCACCCUGACUGGCGUGCUGGACCGCGAGGAGAUCCCCCGCUACGUCCUGUCUGCCAUGGCGACGGAUGACAACGGAAACGGACUCUCCAGCUACGUGGAUGUCAUCAUCGAAGUGGAAGACAUAAACGACAAUUUCCCUUUCUUCCCCGAUCAGGAAUACGUGGGCAGUGUCGAUGAAAACAUGCCACCGAACACCCUGGUGCUGGCUGUGGUUGCUGAAGAUCCAGACACUGCAGAUAACCUGGUAUAUUCCUUCCCCAUCCCAAAUAGCAACUUCAACAUCGACAGCGGCACUGGAGAAAUCACAACCGCGAUACAGUUGGACAGAGAGAGAGUGUCUGAAUACGAACUUGAGGUCCAAGUUACUGAUGGAACUAACACAGCCACUACACCAGUCAUCAUCACCAUCAACGACGUGGACGAUAACAGGCCGGUGUUCACUCAAGACCCCUUCCCCCCUGCCUCCGUCUUGGAAACGGAACCCGUUGGUACGACCAUCACCACCGUACAGGUCACCGAUCCCGACGUUGACCACAUGGACAAGGUCGUGUUCACGAUCAAUAGUGGAGAUGAUGCUGACCUGUUUAGGAUCGUCCCGGACGCAGCCACGCUCUCAGGACUCAUUCAAGUCAAUAAGCCUCUCGACUUUGAGAGUGGGAAUGCGAAUGACUUCACGCUGACGAUCCAGGUAGAAGACUCUCAGGGCACCAUCGGUACCCCCCAGACGACGACCAUCGAGAUCUCCAUCGAGAAUGCCAAUGACCUCGCUCCUGUGUUCGAGGAGGAUAUGUACGCAGGGGCGGUGUCGGAAGGUGCUGAUGUCGGAAGCCAAGUGGGCACUUUCACCCUGACUGCCACCGAUUUGGAUGAGCCGGGUGGAGUGCUGAACUACGUGAUUGACCCCUCCACAGAUCCAGAAGGCCAGUUUGGUAUUGAUGCCAACCAGCGGCUCGUGGUCGCAUCGCCCCUGGAUAGGGAAACCGUCGCCAGCUACGAGCUUAAGGUCUAUGCCGUCGAUAACGGUGAUCCUCCAAUGUCGGGCACUGCGACCAUCAACGUUGUGAUCGAGGACGUGAACGACACGCCUCCUCGUUUCGCGGAAGACUACACCCCGUCGGUGAAAGAGAACUCUGAUGCAGUGGCGGAGGUGGUGAGCGUGAGAGCUGUAGACGACGAUGACCCAGCCUCUGGACCGCCUUUCCUAUACCGAGUGGCAGGAACACCCAACGAAUGGACGGACUACUUCACAAUAGAAGGACUAGGGACAGAAACCAGCGGGGACAUCACCAUAAGCACCAGCGGGAGAGCUAUCGACCGCGAAGCUAUUCCGUAUUUUGACAUCGUGUUUCUGAUAGAAGAAGUGAACACAGACGAACUGUUGACCGGCACCCAGACCCUGUCUAUAAUGGUGACGGAUGUCAAUGACAAUCCACACCUCGCCGCUACCAAGAAUAUCCUGGUCUAUAGCUACGAAGGUGAAAUCCCUGAGGUAUCUCUUGGCAACAUCCCAACGACCGGGGUAGGAAAGGUCGCAGUAGAGGAUCCUGAUAUCCUAGAAGACAAGACCUACACUGCAGAGGGAGAGUUUCCAGACGGUUUCCAACUGGAUACAGACACCGGUGAUAUCGUCAUGCUCGAAGGCACCCCAGCUGGCAUCUACACCAUGCAAGUCAUGGUUUCCGAUGGCGGCAUGUUCCCGGACGUCGUCUCAACGGUCAUAGUGACGGUCAAGGAUAUCCCGCAGGAAGCCGUCUUCAGCUCGGGGUCCAUCCGAUUCUCCGGCACGACAGCGGAGGAGUUGAUCGAUCCCAACGCCGAGGGGGUCAGCAAGCUGGACAGCCUCAAGGUCAUCCUGGCCGAGGCUGCGGGAGCCCAGCUGGAGAACUUUGAUAUCUUCAGCGUGCUGAACGUGGAGGGUAUGGAGAGGACGGUGGAUAUCCGCUAUGCUGCUCACGGAUCACCCUACUACCCCGCGGACAAGCUGGAUCUGGCUGCGCUCUCUGUAUCGGAUCAGAUCGCUGCUCUAGGAUUGGACAUCGCCCAGCUCCCUGUCGACCUGUGUGUGAAGGAGAAUGUCUGUGAGUCCUCCUGCACCAAUGUCCUGGUGGUGGAUCCCACACCCACCGUGGUGGACUCUGGCUCUGCCUCCUUCGUGGCAAUCACGUCUGUACUGCAGGCUCAGUGUAUAUGCGGCGCCAGGACGGAAGCUCCGGGUUCUUGCGAUUCCAUUCCCUGCCUCAAUGGAGGCACUUGUGUUGAUGUCCAUGGUGGAACUUACAAAUGCGAGUGUCCUUACCUGUUUGACGGACCAAACUGCCAGCAGACCAAGCGUAGCUUCAACGAUGGCUACGCCACCUUCUCUACCCUGAGGCAGUGCGAGGAGACCAGCCUUUCCAUCGAGUUCAUCACAGAGACUCCCAGCGGUACCCUCUUCUACAACGGUCCCAUCCAACCCACCGAGGUUGACGAUGCCAUCGAUAUGAUCCUUCUGGAGCUGACGAAUGGCAAGGCCAAGCUCACCAUCAACCUGGGAUCGGUUGAUGGAACCACCCUUAACCUGGAGCUGGAGGUGCCUAAGGAUAACCUGGGAGAUGGCCAAUGGCAUCGUAUUGAUGUAUACCGCAAUGGAAGGUCUGUUGAGAUGACAGUAGACCGAUGUGAGGAUGCACCCUUCGCAGAAACCUCAUCCUCAUCCACGCUAGAUACCUCCAACUGUCGUAGCAGUGGAGAAACACCAGGCGAGAACAAAUUCCUGAAUGUAAACACACCUCUAUUCCUGGGAGGCAUGAGUCCUGAUUACAACCCGGACGUGGUCGUCCCAGGAGGAUUCGAUGGCUGCAUCAAGAACCUCGUCUCUGAUGGUUUCCUCUACGACCUCGCCGAUCCUGGAAUAUUUGACAAGAGUGACUCUGGAUGCUUGCGUACCGAUGGGCAGUGCACAGUAGACGGCGAACCUGUCUGUGAAAAUGGAAUCUGUGAGGCCGAUCUUGGCAGUUUCGUCUGCAUCUGCUUCCCUGGAUUCAAUGGAGAAUUCUGCAGUAUAGUGCUGCCUCCGUAUGACUUUGCAACGGAUAGCUACAUAACCUACGAGCUCCUAGACGAGUCCUUGUACAACGAUGCCCGAUCCUCUAACUACCAUAUCAUGGUGAGGUCAAGACAAGAGAAUGGACUCAUCUGGUCAAUCUCCAGUGCUAACACCUAUGAAUACAUUAGAAUGGAGAUGGUUGCUGGAGAACUCCAAGCCGACUGGCAUCUUGGAGAUAAACCUGUGUCUGUCACCAUGGGCAACUUCAGCAUCAACGACGGGGCGUGGCACGCCAUCAACUUUGAUCGUUAUGACUCCGUGGUGACCAUCAAGAUCGAUGGGGGAGGCGGAGUCAAGGAGAUCCAGAACAGGGAAAGUGCAUUCUCUGGAUUGGACAUUGACAGCAACUCCCUGGUCAUCGGAGCAUUUGUGGACCUCAACACUGUGACGGACGACUUCAUGGGCUGUAUGAAUGACCCUAGGAUAAACAACAACUUCCUCGGUAUGGAGGGCAUCAACGUCUAUGCCACAGCCACCAAGUCUGCUGGAGUGUCAGAAGGUUGUCCCUCGGAGGUCUGUGACAGCAACCCUUGCCCUGGACAAGACCUAGUCUGCACAGACUACUGGAGAUUCUACGAAUGCGAGUGCCCUGUUGGUGAGGAGCUCUCGGGACCAGAGACCUGCUUGGCCAUCAUCGACUGUGACCCCAACCCCUGCUACAAUGGAGGAACAUGCACAGAGGGGGUUCCCACUGGCUUCAACUGCACCUGCGCUCCCACCUACUACGGAACACAAUGUGAAGCCACGAUUGGUGGACAAGGAGCGUCAUUGGGCAUCACUCCCCUGGGCAUCAUCCUCAUGAUCAUCUGCAUUCUGCUGAUCAUUAUUCUCCUCCUUGGCUUGGUGCUCUACACCCGACAGCGGGAUCGGAAGUCCGCCCUCACUUUCGCCAUCGAUCCCGAAGACGACAUCAGGGAGAACUUCAUCAAUUACGACGAGGAAGGCGGAGGAGAGGAAGAUAAUGAUGCCUACGAUCUCAGCACGUUGCGUAAACCCGUGGAUGCUAUCAGUGCUGGUAGUAUAGAGAAGAAGCCGGCCAUGCCUGUAUCAGAGGUACCUGUUGGUAACAGACCGUCUGGUGUCGAUCCCAACGUGGGUGACUUCAUCAAUGACCGCCUGAAAGGGGCCAACGACGACCCCGAAGGGCCGCCGUACGACGAGCCCCACGUCUACGACUUCGAGGGCGACGGGUCGUCGGCCGGCUCGCUCAGUUCCCUCAACAGCAGCAGCACCGAGUCGGAGCAGAACUACGACUACCUCAACGACUGGGGACCACAGUUCAGGAAGCUUGCCGACAUGUACGGCAGCUAGGAGGGGAGGAGGGUGGACUGUGUGUGUGUGUUUGCGUUUUGCAGCAUUUGCUCUAGUACUUGAUGUUUUAAACUCUAUUCGUAAGAAUUGGUUUAAAAGUGUGAUUGAUUACAGUUGUCAUGUGAUAAACCCUUUAGCACCUUCCGACUAUUGUCCUUUUCUCACUUGGAGAGUUAACUGGAUAUU